UCCGCAGUCUGAAACACUCCGGAGCGCAAAAUAAUGAUCAGAUUGACUUCACAUUCGCUUGAUAUCGGCUUAUAAUCGCUUCUCUUCGUUUAUACCGACCCCGUGGAUCCAGAGUGAUUUUCUCCGUUGUUCUGAUCACAUGCUGUUUUGUCACAUCAUACGUGCUUUACACAGACUGAUGCAACUGUGGGAAUUUCCACUGACGUCAGAGCCACUACUUCCGCUUGAAACCAACAGAUAAAUAAAUUAAAGAUCAGACAUGUUCUGCAUCAGACAUGAUCCGAUUCGUGAUGAAGAUCUGGACUGCUGGAGGAAGAUCGGAGCCGGUGGAUUUGGACAGAUUUACCGGGCCAGACACACCAAAUGGGGAACAGAUGUUGCCAUAAAAUCUUUAUUUAGUAAUGGCGGAUGUUUGUCAACUCUUCAGAGAGAAGCAAGUCUUAUGUUUCAGGGUGGGAAUCCCAACGUCCUCAGAGUUUUCGGCUUGUACGAGGGUAACUUGGGCAGCACACAAAACCCAUGUCGCUACGGCCUGGUGAUGGAGUUCAUGGAGAGGGGCUCUCUAGCAGAUCUCCUGCAGUAUUUGGGCGAACCUCCCGGCUGGCCGCUCACCUUCCGCAUCAUUCAUCAGAUUGGUUUGGGAAUGAACUUCCUGCAUCAGCUGUCGCCUCCUCUCCUACACCUGGACCUGAAGCCCAGUAACGUGCUGUUGGAUGACAGCCUUAAUGCCAAGCUGACAGAUUUUGGCUUGUCCCGAUUGGCUCAUAGCUUUUCUAAAAGUGUCAGAAAGAAAGACGAGAUGGAGGGUGGAACCCUGAGUUACAUGCCUCCUGAAGCACUGGAGUCUUUGAAUUACAAACCAUCUAAAGCCUCUGACAUUUACAGUUACAGUGUGCUGCUGUGGUCUAUCAUCACCGGUCAGGAACCUUACAGCCACGCUCCGUCCAGUCUGGUGCGGUUUCGUGUCCCUUGCGGGGACAGACCUGACCUGUCAUUAGACUGCAGUCAGGCAGACGGGUUGGCUGAUAUUGUUGAGCUCAUGAAAAGGUGUUGGGUUAAGGAGCCCAGCGCCAGGCCGUCCUUCAAAGAUUGUGUUGAUGAGACUGAAAAGAUCUUUGAGAUGCACAAGCGUGAAGUGAGUAAAGCUGUCGGUGACGUCCUGAAGAAAUUGGAUGAAGAAGUCUGUUCUAGUUUGAAAUCAAUCAAAAUAACUCCAAGACAUCCGAACGAAGGAGGUCCAAAGGUGUUGUCCUGUGUCACAGGAGCUCCUCCCGAACAGGAAACCACGGCGGAUCACAACAGAGAGUCCAGAAAACCAGAAUCUCGUUCUCAUCCGACUGCUAGUAGGGAGAAAAAACUUCUGAAAACCCUGCAGCGUCAAACAUCAACACCAGACGGCGUCCGCAUCAACAUGUCUAAUGUUUGUGGAGUUCAGAUCGGCAACGGAAACUGCAUGAAUAUUGUCCAGAGAUCUCGCCGACGGCACCCGACUGCGCCCUCGAGCGUCAACGACACUUUUAACCCCUAAGAGAGACAUUCACAAACAUCCUCUUUCGUCCUCCUCGGAAGCUCCUCGUCCCUUGAUGUGGAUUCUUUCGAGUGCCGUAUUAAGCUUUUAAAGGGUGACUCGAUUCGAAAGAAAGAUAUCCGACGUAAGACAAUUAACAUUUCAACAAUGGAUUUCUCAGUAUACUGUAGGUGUCCGUGGCGUUCUUGAUGGGUUUGUUCCUCGAUCCUCUAUGUUCAUUUACUUGUUUUAAAAGAAAACUCUUAGCAGUAGGUCUGUACACCGUAAAAGAAUUGAACAAACAUAAAAAAAUGAGGCAACCUGAUGCAGUAAGACUUUUGUGUCGACUCAACGUAUAUUAUUUAAUUCUUCAAAGAAAUGAUACUUUGUUUGGGCAACUUAAAUUUGUUUGUUUAUGUAAUGCUGAUUGUCUUCAUUUUUUUAAAGAUUUUAUUGUCGCAACAAUUACUGUUGUUCAGGCAAUUUAUAUAUUUCUGUGGUGUGUAUGAAAUUUUUUAAAUUAGCAAAUGAAAACUUCAAGUACUUUUUACGUACUGUUAAAUAUAAAAAAUAAACAAAUGUAUUUGUCUUUUA